AUGGCGGAAGGGCUUGAAAAGGAGCGAUUGCUGUCACGAAGGAGGACUCUUCUCACGACACUGGGUCGGGCAGAGGCAUUUGUGGAAAAUUAUGAUGCGGAACGGGAUCAAGCACAGGUGCAAAUGCGAAUAACACAUCUGGACAACAUGUAUUCGAAUUUGGAAAGCAUACAACAGGAUUUGGAAGACCUAGAGGAUGAGGGUGAAGGUGAGCCAACGGAUCAAUGGAGCAGCAUCCUCGAACAUCUUAUGUGUACACGUUUAAAUAAUGACACUCUGAAAGCGUGGGAGGACCAUGCAUCAACGGUGGAAGAUCCGAACUAUUUCUGUUUAAUUGAGUUUCUCAAUCGGCGAACACGGGUCUUAGAGUCGAUAUCUGUAAAUCAUCAUAAUGAUCAAGCAGGCUCCGGCAGUUCCAUCAAUCAUUCGAAGAAACCAUAUCGCCUCCAGCUUUCAUGUUCGACAACAUCAGGCUCUAACGACAAAUGUCCCGCGUGUAAUCAUCAACAUCUUUUAAUGAAAUGCUUAAAAUUCAAUCGCCUUUCGCUUGUCGGACGUCAGCAAUUGGUCAAUUCCGAACGCUUGUGCAGCAAUUGUUUGAAGAGAGACCACUUUGUGCGCGAAUGUCCAUCCACAUUCAAUUGCAAAUUCUGUAACCGCCGUCAUCAUACGCUUCUUCACCAGGCCAAUGCUGAUGGAGUUCGGACAACAGCAAACACCAGUCGAAUUCCUGGGCCCACUGCUACACCAUCAACGUUUCUUCGAUUCGGUAAUUCGAAUGAAUAUUCACAGCAAGCACUAGUUACCGCGACGGAGAUUGCCCCUCUAGUUGAAGUCAGUACACCACUCCAUCAACCUACCGAAAACGUUUUCUUGUUGACUGCUGUAGUACAGAUCGUCGAUGCAUAUGGUCAGACCCAUCUUGCACGGGCCCUUCUAGAUAGUGCCUCGCAGCCGAAUUUAAUCACCGUGCGCAUGGCACAUAUGCUGAGAUUGAAGAGAAACAACGUAAAUGUUACCAUCCAGGUGGCAGGUCAAAUGUCUAAACUUGUCCGUGAAUCGGUUUUCACACAAAUAAAGUCAAGGAAAGAAAACUUCUGCUGUGGAGUAAACUUCUUAGUUAUGGAUAAGGUCACUGCGAACCUCCCAUCACAAAAUAUAUCUACUACAGGAUGGAAAAUUCCCAGCGAGCUAUUUUUAGCUGACCCCUCGUUCAAUGAAUCUCAACCCAUCGACAUGGUGUUAGGUGCAAAACACUUCCACACAUUUUUCCCUAACGCAACCCGCGUUCAGUUGGGAGGUCAACUUCCAAUGCUAAUAGAUAGCGUAUUCGGAUGGAUUGUUGCCGGUUCCGCCUGCUCAACUAUGUGUACAGAUUCAACCCCACAUUCCUAUAGGGUUGUUGCUGUAUCUAUGUUAUCAUUAGAAGAGAGCCUAGAACGAUUUUGGAAAACGGAAGAACUGGCUGUUAGAGAUAAAUAUUCAGUCCAAGAACGACAAUGUGAGUCGUUUUACAAAUUGACCACCACGAGAAACAAUGAAGGGAGAUACAUCGUUCGUUUGCCGCGUGUACCAGACUUCGAAGUUAUGCUGGGGGAAUCCAAAUCUUCCGCUUUAAGGAGAUUCGAGCAGCUAGAAAGAAAGCUUGAGCGAGAACCAAAAUUGAAAGAGGGCUACCAUGAGUUCAUACGAGAAUAUAUCGACCUUGGUCACAUGCGACAAAUUGAGAAUUCCAAAGACGAUGAUUUUCCGGUGUACUAUCUCCCCCAUCACCCCGUUAUUAAAGAUUCGAGUAGUACAACCAAGCUUCGGGUUGUGUUUGAUGCAUCGGCAAAGACGUCAACUGGGUUUUCCCUAAACGAUGCCCUCCGCGUGGGUCCUGUUGCACAGGACGAAUUGCUCACACUCAUCCUUCGCUUUCGCACAUAUCAAGUCGCUUUGGUUAGCGAUAUUGCGAAGAUGUAUCGCCAAAUACUAGUUCAUCGAGACGAUAUAUCAUUGCAACGCAUUUUAUGGCGAUUUCCACCUCAUUCUCCGAUACAGAUUUUCGAGCUUUUAACCGUCACUUAUGGUCUCGCACCGUCAUCAUUCCUGGCAACGCGAACACUUCAGCAGCUAGCAUUGGAUAGCGUGAAUCAUUUUCCUAUCGCCGCUACUGCUUUGCAGAACAAUUUUUAUAUGGACGACUUCAUAGGAGGAACUCAGUCCAUCGAAGACGCAAUCCAUUUACGAAAACAACUAACCAAAUUACUCGCUAAGGGGGGUUUCGAGCUACGAAAGUGGACCUCCAACAAACUAGCCGUUCUAUCCGGUUUAAGAGGUGACCAAAUUGGUACACAAUCUGUUCUCACAUUUAGUCCCAACGAAACUAUAAAAACUCUCGGUAUCUGUUGGGAACCAGAACCAGAUUCUCUACGUUUCGAUUCGGCAAUAAUUAGCAACGAUGAACAGGCAACGAAACGUACGAUUUUGUCAACCAUUGCGAAACUUUUUGAUCCCUUGGGAUUGAUCGCCCCGGUCGUAAUAAAAGCGAAAAUUAUUAUGCAAGAAUUAUGGCUGCUGUCUUGCGAUUGGGAUGAUCCAGUGCCUAAAACUUUAGAUCGCAAAUGGAAAACGUAUUGUAGAGAGUUACCGAACAUUUCUGCAUACCGUGUGGAUCGCUAUGCAUUUUUGCCCAACGCCACUGUGAUGUUGCAUACAUUUGCUGACGCCUCAGAAGCCGCCUACGGAGCGUGCACAUAUGCCCGAAGUGAAGACUCUGAAGGAAAUAUAAAGGUACAAUUGCUUGCCUCAAAAUCCAGAGUUGCACCGCUGAAACGAUUGAACAGUAGCCCGUCUGGAAUUAUGUGCUGCUGUAUUAGCUGCUCAUCUACAUGUCCGUAUAAAAGAAGCCAUUAA